AUGAAUGGUGAGAACAGUGAUGGAAGUAGUAAUGAGCGAACUCAAUUGGAAUGUUUUCCAGUAGAAAUUUUCUACCUUAUUUUUGAGUAUUUAACCGGUAAUGAGAUUUUACAAUCUUUUGCUGAUCUUAAUCAUCAUUUCGGUUCACUGGUGAAAAAUGUACGUUUGAAUACUAUUGAUUUGUCUUCACAUUCCCGCCAAGCAAUUCUUAACUUUUUCAAAACAUCCUAUGAUUCCAUCUCUUCUUUUACGCCUUCGAUCAAAUUUUCCAAUCAUCAAUCACAACCGGAUUCCUGUUCGGCAAAUAUCGAGCUCGUUUUUUCGUUACUUCUUGAUCACCAUCGAUUACGGUAUCUUUGUCAAACUUUACAACAAGUUAUAUUAAUUCGACCAAUCAUCAAUACGAAGAUCUCUUUACCGAAUACUCUUCUUCAGUCAUUUCUCAUCUAUUCGUUCGAAGAUAAAAUCAUCUUUCGAAAAUUUCAUUAUCGAAACCGAGUCGAUUGUAUUACAAUCUGUGAUAUCAGUAGUCUACGAUUAGCAUUAGCAGAUCAUGGAGGAAUGUAUAAUCAGAUAUUAGUCGAUUGUCACAAUCCAGUCUUACAUACGUUUCUUCCGUUUGUAAGACAUUUGAAGAUUUCUAUUCAUGAUUACAGUCGACAAUGGACACACAUGUCGCAGUUUAUUACUAAUAGUUUAGAAGAAAUAACAGUGAUUAUCAUUGAUGAUCGAUUUGAAGAUUAUCGUGGAGAAAGUUUCAGUACUUUAUUUUCAAGUCUUUCGGAUACUUGUCGACUUAAUUUCUAUUUACAAUUCAAAUCACGUUUAGUAUUAAGACAAACGGAUGUUGAUAUACUUGUUCAAAGUUUUCGUACGGAAUUCUACGUACAACAUCGAUCGAAUGUGAUUGUUCAUUUUUGUGGAGCUUGGCUCCGAAAUAUCCAUGAUGAUACUCUGUCUAUUUACACAGAUCCAUGUUGUACAUCGACAUUUUCAUGGAUUAGUCAAGGAGAAAUGAUUGGCACGUGUUUCGAUUAUGCUAAUGUAAAUCAGCUAACACUUGAUUUUUGUAGUCGCAUGCCUACGACUCCUCUCUCGACAAGUCAUUUCCAGAAUUUGAAAUCUCUACAAAUAGUACAUCGAGCUCAGAAUUCAUUGCAUCGAUGGCUUCUUCCUCGACAUAGUUUAUUCGAAGGGACGACAACGCAUAUCCGACAUUUGAAUUUUCUUAAUGUUGCAUGUUUGGAAUAUUUCCUAAAGCAAGCAACGAUGUGUCACGCUUUACGACGUAUUCGUUACCUUGAUAUUACAGAUACCAAUGUCAAUUAUGCGAGUUUAUCUCGACUGUUAGAAGAAAGACAAGUUAUAAUGGAUAUCUACCAUUUAAACAUCGCCAGUUCAUGCCCUUUACAAAUCAAAGAUAUCAAGGCGAUUAGUAAAAACUUUUCAAAUCUCCAAACAUUACAGUUUUCUAUGGAACUGCUUUCUUCAUUUAUUGAACAACUCAAUGCAAUAGGAGAACAUAUUCUGAUCAAUAUGCGCUCGAAAUUGCAUUAUAUGCAUGUACGGUUUGAUGAGAAACCACUGACGAAUUCGUCAGCGAUACCGAGUGAGAUACAAUUGAGUGAUUGGCUGGGUGAAAAUCAGAAUCGAUUAUUACAUUUACACGCAAUUGAAUUGACGCGGAAAGAAUUAUUUGUUUGGCUGUAA